GCGGCUCUCCUUUGUUCUCGGGUAUGUUUGCCACUGGACCCUCUUCGACCUCGACCUCAACGACGAUCCCAGCGUUUGCAAAGCCGUCUGCUUCAGCUACUAUUACAACGGUGUCAUCUAGCUCUUCGGGACUCUCCUUCGCUUCUCAACCCUCUUUUGGGUUCCCCAAUGAUGCUUCAACUACGGCUUCUUCUUCAGCUUCUUCGGCGGCUUCUGGCGCAUCGGCUUCAAAACCAACGGGUUCUUUUUCGUUUACCACAUCUUCUGCGCCACUGUUCUCGACUGUGACGACCACCACUGCUUCUACUGUGGCUACUGGCAGCACGACCCUUUCAUCUUCUGUGCCUGCCUUUGGUGCUACUAUUGCAUCUUCUGCAACCGCAAGUACUUUGGCGGUUCCUGCUGCUUCUACUGGUGCGGCACCUUCUGCCAGUACAGGAUCAUCUUUUACAGGAUUUGGCGUAGGGAGCACGGCAUCCGAUGUUUCUCUUGGGACUGGGUUUCCCUUUGCGAAUAAGUCGACCUCAGUUUCUACCGCUACUACUGUAUUUGGGGUUAUGUCGACAAUUGAGAACAAUCCAAGGCAAAAAAGUCGUUACCAUACUCUUAGAGAGCAACUUCUUGCUAAGGGAAGAGGGGAAGGGACUUCAAACCCCACUGAGGAGGCAGAAGUGGACUACAAACUCAACUUGUUGCCCGUUGCUGAAAGGAAGAAAAGGCAUGCAACUGGAUCUUCUCGCUAUUCUUGUCCGAAGCUAGCUCGAUUAGAUGCUGACAAGUCUUAUGCUCAAUUGAUGAGUAUAGAUCUGAAGAUGUAUGAAGGCAUAAGUGUCAACCUUACAGAUGCUGAAGCUGUAGCUAUCACCUCGGCCUCUCACGAGGUUCUUCUUAAUGCCUUUGUUGAACAUCAGUCUCGAGCCUUAGUGAUUGGGAGGCACCUCGGCUCAGAGCCCUGUAAAGGUGGUUCUAGUGCUGAUUUUGAGAAGCUAAAGGCUGAAAAUGCAGAGUUGAGAAAAAGCAUGAAGGGCUUGACCGAGGAAAAGAAUACCUGGUCAUCUCAGGUUACGGGCUUGUGUAAGCAGAUAAUCAAUUCGCAAGUCGAGAAGAACUCGUGGAAGACAAGAUGCUUAGAUUCCGAGGACAAAGAGAAGAAGGCCACUGAUGCCCUUGCCGAGAUGACCUUAUCUCGUGAUAACGAGAGAAUGGCUUGGUUGGCUAUAGACAAGGAACUAUGGGAUUUGAAAGCGAGCGUGGUCAAGGAGCAUGAAGAAGGAUUCCGCAAGGCUCUUCCUCAGGUCGCUUUGUUGUUUGAUAUCUCAACAGAUGAUGAGCGCUUUGACGUCAACAAAGAUGUCUAUCAGAAAUCGUUGGUUCCUAUAGAAGAUAUUCGUCUAGUUGAGGAGUUUGUUGAGAAUAGCCCAACUACCCUUUCUGUGGAGGCUUCGGGGGGAGAAGAAACCUAAACUAUACUUAGCAAUUUUUCCCUUUUGCCUUCUGUUUUGAUGUGUCCUUCAAACUUUUUAGAAGGAUUUUUGCAAUUGUUGGCUAUGCCGUUUUAAUGAAUAGAAU